GGAAAGGGAAGCUCUCGAGGUGACGGCGCAGUCGGACCUUACGAUCUGCAGUACAUUUUUGGAGGCUGCCACUCAAAGUGCCUUUGUAUCCCUCGCAAACUGUCAGCGCCAGUCGGACACCAUGAUCAAUGCUGUGCUCUCGCACUGCAGUCAACUCCUUCGACGAACAGAAUCACUCUCUCCAACUAAGCGCUCCAACACGACAUCCUCAAUGGCCCCCCAGUCCCUGCCUCAAGGGCCAUCUGGGCCAAGCACCAACAAAUCUAAUCUCACUGAGGUUCAUCCAGCAGCAACAAAAGCGGGACAUAGUACUGGUCAGGCUCUGAGUCUUCCACUGCCUUCGGAGUUGCAGGCUGAGUGCAGCGAAGCCACACUCUUGCAGCACCUGCAGCCCACUGGCAACUUGAACCCAGUAACCACCUUCCACCUUGGCUGCUCCUUCCACAUAUUGCUGCUCUCGCCAACAGUUCCUCCCGACUUCCGUUCUGGGCAUGAUCUCAUCAUUCCAUCGGCCGAGGCAUUCCACGGCUCGAUCACUAGUACCUCUAUGCCUCAGUACCCUCAGUUCACACCUCGCAACUGCAGCUGGACUGCCAUCUUUGAGAUGGUGAAGCAGCCACACUUUCUUUGGGCUUGCUGGCAUCCUGGCAACCUGGGUGAGUAUCAUUCGAUCAAGCAGCUCUGGGCCACUUGGCACGAGGGCACGAUCAUUGACAGUGUUGGUCAAAUGCCUCCCCUCCUGCUCGUCGAGCAGGAGUGGGGAGGAACAAAGAACCCCUCGACUCGCAAAGGGCGCCGUCAGACUUGGCGACCUCAUAAUGAUACCAAUAUGAGUGCUGCUGUCACUCUGCUUUCCUUGUACUGACACUGAUGCAUUCUCACCUGUGAAUGUUCUUUCAGGUGAGGCGAACAGUGGUCGCAAUUCAUGUUCUUCGUCACCCAGGUCAACUCCAUGAUGGGUGCUGGUAAUCAUGCGUCCGAAGCUGUUCGGAUUCUGGAUGAGCAGGCGUGGGUCGAUGACAGUUCCCCAGUUCCACUCGAAACUUCAGCCAAAGAAGACUCGGACAGGACAUACUACAGCAGAAGGCUCAUUGCCGUCCAACUCUGCAAGCCCGACAUGAGAUCACACCAUGGCCUGUUCACUUUCUCUCUCGUUUCUCUGUGUUUUGUUUUAGUUUGGCUGACUUCAGGCUUUCCGAAACCUCCUUUUCUGCCUUUAAUAUCUCCCUCAUAAUCACCAGUUAUCAUGCAUAGCCUGCAUUGCUCAGUAGUUGCACAACUCUACACGCUAAUUUUGUUCGUGUCUACGUUCCGUAUGACAGCCCUCGCGCACUUAAAAG